AGAAUAAGAUACUGAAAUACAUACAGCUCAUACACAGAAUGACAGAAGACUGGUCCAUUACUCAUGUUGAAUGAAGCAUCCUCUCCUUUUCUCUCUCAUUAUUACACCGACAGAGCAUAACAAAACAUUACCUUAUAUCUCAUAGCUUGAUAAACCUCUAGAGCCAAAGGAAAAAAAAAAGUGGAGUUUGAAGAAAUGAAGUACUCAAUGAGACUAGGGUUUCUCUCAUUUUUGUUAGUAGUGUUGCUUGUUGUGACAAGUUCAAAUGGAGAAGACCCUUAUAGGUUCUAUACUUGGAAUGUUACCUAUGGAGAUAUUUAUCCUCUUGGAGUUAAACAACAGGGGAUAUUGAUAAAUGGACAGUUUCCAGGACCACAGAUUGAAUCUGUCACUAAUGAUAACUUGAUUGUUAGUGUUUUCAAUAGCUUGGAUCAACCUUUCCUUAUUUCUUGGAAUGGAGUGCAGCAGAGGAGGAAUUCAUGGCAAGAUGGAGUAUAUGGAACAAACUGUCCAAUUCCACCAGGGCAGAACUUUACUUAUGUUCUUCAAGUAAAAGAUCAGAUUGGUAGCUACUUUUACUUUCCCUCCCUUGCAUUACACAAGGCCGCAGGUGGUUAUGGUGGCAUCAAAAUUAACAGCCGCCCUAUGAUUCCUGUACCGUUUCCUCCUCCAUCGAAUGAUUUCACCAUAUUGGCAGGAGAUUGGUACAACAGAAAUCACACUGAUUUGAAGGCCAUUCUAGACAAUGGAAGUGACCUUCCUUUACCAGACGGGCUUAUCAUCAAUGGUCGCGGUUCUAAUGCUUACACAUUCACGGUUGAUCAAGGCAAUACAUACAGAUUCCGGAUAUCAAAUGUUGGACUCACAACUUCCAUCAAUUUCAGAAUUCAAGGUCAUAAGAUGAAACUAGUUGAAGUGGAAGGAAUCCACACACUACAAAACACUUAUGAUUCCCUUGAUAUUCAUUUGGGGCAGAGUUACUCUGUAUUGGUUACUGCUGAUCAACCACCACAAGACUAUUAUAUCGUUGCUUCAACACGAUUUACCUCUCAAAUAUUAACAGCUACCUCCAUACUUCACUACAGUAACUCGGCAAAAACUGUUUCUGGUCCUCCCCCAGGUGGCCUCACAUCUCAAAUCGAUUGGUCUCUUGAACAAGCUCGCUCCCUCAGGAGGAAUCUUACGGCUAGUGGACCAAGACCUAAUCCGCAAGGAUCUUACCAUUAUGGUUUGAUAAACACGACGCGUACAAUAAGACUUGAAAACUCUGCACCAGUUAUCAAUGGCAAGCAAAGAUAUGCUGUUAAUAGUGUUUCGUUCAUCCCUGCCGAUACACCACUUAAACUGGCGGAUUACUUCAAGAUCUCGGGAGUUUUCAGCCUUGGAAGUAUUCCGGACAAUCCCACAGGUGGUGGUGGUUACCUCCAAACUUCUGUUAUGGCCGCUGAUUUUCGAGGCUAUGUCGAGAUUGUAUUUGAAAAUCCUGAAGACAGUGUGCAAUCUUGGCACAUUGAUGGCCAUCACUUCUUUGUUGUAGGAAUGGAUGGAGGCCAAUGGUCAGCUGCAAGCAGGUCAAAUUACAAUUUAGGAGACACAAUUUCUCGUUGCACAGUUCAGGUGUACCCCAAAUCAUGGAGUGCAGUGUACAUGCCUUUGGACAAUGUGGGAAUGUGGAAUGUUAGGUCCGAGAAUUGGGCUCGUCAGUACUUAGGACAACAAUUUUAUCUUCGUGUGUAUUCUCCAGCUAAUUCAUGGAGAGAUGAGUACCCAAUACCAAGUAAUGCUUUGCGGUGUGGUCGAGCCGUAGGUCACUGAAUUCGGUCGUUAUAAGCUUCAUUCAUUCUCUGUGAAGCGCUAACACAUACACGGACAUGAUACCAAAAUAUCGGGGCUCACAAUAUUGAAAACUAGACAUGCAUUCAAUAUGAAGUAUCGGUGCUGAAUAGUUUGUUUCUCUUUCAAGGCUUAACUCGAGCCAAUUUUCCUUUGUACUAGUCAAGAUUACUAUAGAUGAUAAAUUAUAGGCCAUAGAUUGCUCUAUUUGUUGUAUUCUUAAAUCAAAAUUUAAUUCACUGUUUAAUUUUCCACAUGACAUUCAUAUGCUAACUAUAUGUAUUGUUAUACGUCAGUUUGAAUUUGUUGUUAGGCAAUGAGACAAUGAUGUCUUGGAUAGGCAUUCAACAA